GCACAAGUUCCUCUACAGCGCUUCAAUGACGUCCCUCCUCCCCUUCGCGUGUCUCCUCCUCGUCCCCCUGGCCUCCGGGGAAAAGGCCGUCUCCUACUCUGCCCCAACUGUCUCCUUUGGUGGCGGCGGCGGCGGCGGCGGCGGCGGCGGCGGGUUUGGGGGUAGCAUUGGCACCACCUACUCCGCUCCCAGCGUUGGCUUCAGCAGCGGCGGCGGCGGCGGCGGCGGCGGGUUUGGGGGCAGCAUUGGCACCACCUACUCCGCUCCCAGCGUUGGCUUCAGCAGCGGCGGCGGCGGCGGCGGCGGCUUCGGAGGUUUUGGUGGCUCCGGCGGCGGCUAUGACGGCUCCAGCGGUGGUGGUUUUGGCGGUUUAGGCGGAAGUUUUGGUGGUUCUGGAGGCGGCUACGGCGGCUCCAGCGGUGGAGGUUUUGGCGGUCGCGGUGGUGGUUUUGGCGGUCGCGGUGGCUCCAGCGGCUAUGGUGGCUCCAGCGGCGGUGGCUACGGCACUGCUACUGGCUACAGUGUAUUCAACCUGGGAUAUGGUGUGACGGGCGGUCGCGGCGGCGGCCGUGGCGGCGGCAGCGGUGGUUACGGCGGCGGUCUUGGCGGAGGUUUUGGCAGCGCUCUUAGCGGCGGUCUCGGAGGCGGCGCCGGUGGCGGAUACGGCGGCAGCCACGGCAGCGGGUUCGGCGGUGGUUUCGGUGGUGGAAGCGGCAGCGGCAGCUACGGCGGUGGUCAUGGCGGCGGCAUCGGCGGUGGACUGGGCGGUGGUAUCGGCGGAGGCACUGGUGGUGGCUACGGCGGAGUACAUGGCGGUGGCAUCGGCGGCGGCAUCGGCGGUGGACUGGGCGGCGGCAUCGGUGGAGGCAGUGGUGGUGCCUACGGCGGAGGACAUGGCAGCGGCAUCGUCGGCGGCAUCGGCGGCGGUAUCGGCGGAAGACAUGGCGGCGGCAUCAGCGGCAGCAUCGGCGGCGGCUAUGGCGGUGGAGUCAGCGGUGGACUCAGCGGUGGACUCGGCGGCGGCAGUGGUGGCUUCGGUGGCAUUGUUCACGGCGGCGGCUCAGGCGGCGGCUACGGACACUGAGAAACACGCCACAUGAGCCUGUGCAGCCCACCGACCCACAGCUGACCCACACCGAGGCCUCGCCCAAUGCUACACCUUCACUUGUUUUAUAUUUAUUACCCCACGAAGUGCAUCACGUGACUAUCUGUCUGUCUGUCUGUCUGUCUGUCUGUCUGUCUGUCUCUGUCCAAGCAUCUACUACACUUGUUUUAUGUCUAUCCGCGAAACUCGAAAUAAAUAAGUAUUACCUCGUAA